AUGGAGAGGGCACUCAGUGUUAAGAACAAGCUUGGAUUUAUUGAUGGAACUUCGAUUCUCACACCUUCCAUGGCGAAAGAGCCUUUGAUUGCUCAAGCAUGGACUCGCUGCAACAACAUAGUUGUUGCUUGGAUUCUCAAUUAUGUAUCACUUAGAAUUGCUACAAGUGUGACAUAUCAGUUGCAGAAAGAUCUUGCUAGCAUUUCACAAGGUGAUACCUUUAUCAGUGACUAUUUUACUCAAUUGACAAUUCUUUGGGAUGAAAUUCAGAAUUUUUGUCCUUUUCCUUGUUGCUCAUGUGGUAAGUGCACAUUCAAUGUUAAUGGAAUUAUUGAAGAUCUUCAGCACAAAGAUUCAGUCAUGUAG